CACGUGGCGGUCCUGGCAGCAAGGGCUGUGGCCCGGCUCUGGUGGCGGCAGUGGGGCUUCUGGGGGGUCCCUGGGAAGGGGCGCAAGUUAGCAGAUGUGCGUGAAGAAGUGUCUGGUCGGCCUCACGUUUUGUACCUGCUACCUGGCUUCUUACCUCACGAACAAGUAUGUCCUGUCUGUCUUGAAAUUUACCUACCCUACGUUAUUCCAAGGGUGGCAGACACUGGUUGCUGGGCUUCUGCUUCACGUGUCAUGGAAGCUGGGCUGGGUGGAGAUCAACAGACGUUCAAGAUCUGAUGUUUUGACAUGGCUUCCUGCUUCAGUGCUAUUUGUGGGUAUCAUCUAUGCUGGUUCCAGAGCACUGUCCAGACUGGCCAUUCCUGUGUUUCUCACUUUGCAUAAUGCAGCCGAAGUUAUCAUCUGUGGGCACCAGAAGUGUUUUCGGAAAGAGAAAACUUCUCCUGCAAAGAUUUGUAGUGCCCUCUUCCUCCUGGCCGCCGCCGGGUGCCUGCCCUUCAAUGACUCCCAGUUUGAUCCAGAUGGAUAUUUCUGGGCUGUAAUUCACUUACUCUGUAUAGGGGCUUAUAAGAUACUACAGAAAUCCCAGAAACCCAACAAGUUAAGUGACAUUGACCAGCAGUACUUAAACUAUCUAUUCAGCGUGGUGCUCCUGACUUUAGCAGCUCACCCCACAGGUGACCUCCUCAGCGUCCUGGACUUUCCGUUGCUGUAUUUCUACGGAUUCCACGGCAGCUGUUGUGCCAGCGGAUUUUUAGGAUUCUUUCUCAUGUUCAGCACCAUGAAACUAAAAAGCCUUAUGGCCCCGGGGCAGUGCGCAGCCUGGAUUUUCUUUGCUAAGAUGAUCACGUCUGGCUUAUCGAUGUUGCUGUUUGAUAUAAUUCUGACCAAGGAAACCAUGGGAUGCCAGCAUUCAGGAAGCAGAACCUCACCAGGACACCUUUCAGCCACUCAUCCACACAAGAGUAACCACGAUUUCAAAUUAUUCAACAUUUAGAAAUCAGGUGGUUUCCCUGUACAAGUCCAAAUCUCCAGAUUCUUUCAAAAAUAUGGAGCAGCUGAUAAGUUGGGCCUGCACGUCCAAACGGCAGCAGUUGCUGGAGUGGGUGGAGGUGGGUAGAAGCUGCACAGCCACCCCCCUGCAGCCCGGCUGAGGCUGAGGACCCUGUAACCACUGACACCCUCACCUCCAUUGCUUGUAUGUUCAUUCAUUCUACCAGAAGUGCUUACUGGGUUCUGUAGACAGAGUUCAAGACCCCAGCGAGGUCACCAUCCAGGAAACCAGGGUACACGUCAUUGUCCGUCUCCUUGGAUGGGCAGCAGCUUAGACGCACAAAAUAGCUCAUUGUCUAAAGAAGGUUUUUCGCCCUCAGUGCUGUAGACCUCUUUGCUGUGAGGGGCUGUCCUGCACCACAUGGAAUUUUCAGCAGCAAGCCCAAGUCCCACCUCACCAGGGGCCAGCAACACUCCCUUAAUUUCAGCAACCAGAAAACAUGUCCAGGCUCUGCCAAAGCUCCUCUCGUUGGCAGAAUCACCACAGUUGGGAAUCGCGGAUCUAAAGGUUUGUGGUGGUGCGUGGAGGAAACACCAUUUGAAAUUUCAGCAAGAUCUUAAAAGAACUUAUCUCCGCACUAGAGAUUUGGAUCAGCUCCAGGCUCAGGUCCUUGGCAGCCCUGCCACCCUCACUGUGUGCCUCCAUCAGCAGGUACCACAGGAGGUGACAGGUGUCCACUUCCUGCCUACCUGCUGGCUGAAGAUCCUCCAGGAAGGGGUUGUUUCAUUCACCUUUCUGUCUCUCUGUCUGGCACUGUUAGCUCAGUCAGUGGGUCCUGUACUCAAGAAAAAUGAUAAACCCACACCCCCAAUGUCGGUCAACUUUUAAAGCCUUUAAUUAAAAGCAACUGCUCUUGUCCAGCUAUCAUAUCUUCUUUUUAACAAUAAAAGCCCAGCAUUUUAAUAUCUGUUGCAAGUUCAGCAAUCUAAAUAUCCAGAUUCAUACUUAGUUAUUUGUUUUUAAAUUAACAACUUUCUAGAUUAUGUAUCAAUAUGAAUUCCCAGUAUUCCAAAAUUUUGGCAAAGGGCAAAAUUUUGGCAAAAAAUUUUGGCAAAACUCAACACAUUAAAAAAAAAAUAACUCUGAAGUGUGAGCGGUGUUUCUGUCGAGUAGAAUUAUUAAUAGUUGUCUGUGCUUCCUCUUUGAAUGCUCUUUAGAUGAGGAGAGUCGCUUUUCCCUGUGAAAUCGUUUAAGUACAAGGAGAGAAAGGAAUCACCAAAACACAGCCUCUUUGUUUGUAGGAUUUGGUGAUCAACUUUUCAUUUUUACCCAUCAUUCACUGGGCUUGCCAUUGACCCUGGGUUACAAACAUGAUGGUCACUUCAACUUGAUCCCAGUCUCAACCUCACCUUUAGAGAAUGGUCUUAUAUCAUCUCUGAGUAAAGAUGUCUUUGCCUUUAGUUUUAGGGGAAUGCUUAGAGACUGCUGAAGUCUAUUUGUAGAGAGAGUGAAUUUCGGAGUAAAGAAAGAACUUCCUCCAACAUACCCCAAAGUGCAGCUAGGAUCACAGUGUCUGCAGUUUUUCAGCUGAAUUAAGAAUCUGAAACCUCUUCUUUAAAAUGCUGAGAAAGACCUUCUGAAUAACUACACUCAUUACCUUUCCACACAGAGUAAUUAAUCAGAUUGUAAAUCGUCACUCAGCAAGCCCCCAAGGGAGUGGUGCAUUCAUUUUGGUGAGGAAAGAGAGAAAAAAAUAGUUUGGAAUCCAGAUGGAAAAGUGGGGAGCAGGUAUAAGAAUUCCAUCACUCAUUGAGCAAAUAUUUAUUGGGUGUUGUGUUAAGUGCUAGGCCUACAGCUGAAAAAAGGAUACAGUCUCUGUCCUCAGUCUGGAAAGUUCCAUAGGAAUUCAUUGAAUCACCACAAUAAUAAAUGUAAGUUCGAGAUGGGGCCUUUGGCUCCUGAUAAGAGAGAAGAGAAAGAGUGGAGAGACGUUGAAAAUAAAUAACCCCCUGGAAGAGAAUUGUGUGAUGACUAUUUCUGGCUGGCUCUGCAAUCUGAAUGUUUAUGCCUUCGUUACAUGAAGUUUGUUCAUUUCAGGAAUGAUGGGGAUUACAAGAUUUGCAAACAGUUCAGUAAAGCUCUGACUUAAACAGCUGUAAUGCUAUUAAGAUUCCUGCACCCCGUGUCAGCGUCUCCCGCUGUUUAGAAAACAGCAUCAAAGCUCACCUCCCUGGCGCUCUUAACGGUAAACGGAACCAGGUUUGUUUUCAUGUCAGCAUUCUCUAAAGCCACUCGGUGUUUCAUUAAAUCACUAAACCAAGGGGAUGCAAUGCAAGGUUAUUACGCUGUAGCAUUGUUCUAAGGCUGGGGGAGGGAGGGUGGCAAAGAGCCAGCCGAAACCCUGUUCUCCCCGGUGAUUAAGGAAGAUUAGUGGAAAUGACUGACCCCCUGUUACAUUUGCAGAAAUAAAACUUCCCAAGUCAAAGUUCUGUACUGAUCUCGCAUCAGGUCACGGUGACUCUGUGCUCAUCCAGGGAUUUAAGAAGACGGUGUGUGUGUUCUUGAAGGAAUGCAGAAGGAAACAGCAGAUCGGCUUAGAAGGCAAAAGUGGGUCUUUAGAAAUGAGCCUGUGUACAGAACAGGCUUCCCAGGUGCCUCAGUGGUAAAGAAUCUGCCUGUCAAUGCAGGAGACACAAGAGACGCAAGUUCGAUCUCUGGAUUAGGAAGAUCUUCCCUGGCGGAGGAAAUGGCAAUUUUGCCAUUUCAUUUCAUUUUCAGUAUUCUUGCCUGGAAAAUUCCAUGGACAGAGAGCCUGGUGGGCUACAGUCCACAGGGUGGCAAAGAGUUCAGACACGACGGCACACACUCAUUGUGUACAGAACAAAUGGCUUCCCCUUCCUGGGUCCUUCUUCAUCCAAAAAGAAGAGGUGAUAGAACCCACCAGCAUCUAGGUCUGCCCCCAAACUAGACCAGGGACAAGCCCAGUGGAGUCGUGUUAAAAAAUAGUCUUUUGGAAUUUGGUCCCCAGUUUCUCCCAGAAGCAAUGCUAUAAAUGACGAGUAUAUAUCUAGGAAAGUCCUCUGAAAUUUGUUUUGUUUGUAACAAACUUCAGCUACAUUAUUCUGAAUUCAGUGUGUGUUAGAGAGAAUUUGUUGACUUAUUGUCACUAUUUGUAAUACUUCUGAUUGGGGAACUAAGAUCCCACAUGCCAUGUGGUGCAGCCAAAAAGAAAACCCCCAAAAACCAAGAAACACCUGAGCACAGUUUGAACUCAGCUUAUUGUUUUCCUGUUCCCACUUAGUUCACUCCUUUAUUGGAAGUGGUUCAUGGUAGAUGUUAUCUUUAGGUCAUAGUCACCCCCAUAGGUGACUUUUUUUCACUGAGAACAGAAUAUACACGGCCUAAGUGUAUCUCAUACAUUUGAUGCCUUAGACAUAUGUUAGGACCAUGGAGGCGCCACUACCCAAGUAUGAGUGUGUUGUGCGUGGGUAUGUAUGAUGAGUAGGUAUAUAGGAAGAGUGGGAUGCUGGGGGGUAAAUGGAGAAAAAAGGAAGAAGAAGGUGGCAUCGAAAGGGCUGUUGGCACCUCUGAACAAGAGCACUUCAUCCUCAGAAACCCCCUUCACAAGCCUUUACUCUAGGCCCAGCCUGGGCCUCAGAGGUGCUUUGGGGGAAGAAUGAUGGGGGCUUCAGACAGAUACCGAGUGUCUACUGAGAAGUUUAAAAUAGAAAAUGUGCAAACCUUUGAAUGUGUUACAUUUUAGGCAUGUGAAAUCCACCUCUUUCUCACAGUCUUAUGUUCUGCUGUUUUUCAUUUUCAUUUUCACUGACCGUAGAUCUUUCUGCUGUGGUGGGAAAUUCAUGCGUCCCCAUUUGUAUUUUGUCUUUAAAUGUUCUGUUAGUCUAAAUGAAAUAAAAGGGUUCAGAGACUGUCAAUAAUCAUAGGAUUAUGGAUACAUGCAUGGUUUCCUAUCCAUCACUGUAGCAAAAUGUACCAGUGGGAAGCCCUCCUCCUAUGUUUGUGCCAGAGAGCAGUAAGGAAGUGCAGUCACCAUCACCUGGUCAGGAUGGUUGGGACACGUCACCUUUCUCCCUGAGGGACAGCUGAGGUUUACCCUGGACGACUGGGCAGUCCAGGACCUGACUUGAAGUCAGGCAGUGUGGGCAGGGGACAGGAUGCUCAGCUGCAUGAUGAGGAAGCAUCACUUGCCCUGCGGUAGGUGGACACCAGGCAACUUCACACGUCCACAGCCUCUAGGUUCCCAAGAGGGCAAAGCU